GCCAGGAAUGGCUUGAAAGGUGAUGUUUGCCUGUCAGUCAUAGCAUUCUGACCAAUAGUAUCAGGAAUCCCCACGUCAAUCACACAGUGAUAUGGUGUUUCAGACUUUACCCUAGUAGAUAGAGCACCUGAAGAGUCCCAGAAGAAAACAGAAGAAAACACUUAAACUGAAGAAACUGCUCAUUGGAUACACAAACCAGUUUUGCUGAAUCAAGACAAAAGUGAACAUGGCACUGCUUUCUGACAAGAGCUCCAAUGGGAUGGAAUUCUUAGAUCUCCUCUUUCAGCAAACUGAUGAGAACUCAGUUCCUGAAGAGCCUGAGGGUGGCCGUGUUAACCCGGCCUGGCCAUUCCCGGAUCAAAGUUUACUGGCCCACAGUGACGAUGGAGCUGAUCAAUUCCUGGACUCCUUGCUGAAUGUGUGUGAGUGUGUAUCAGGCUCUAGCUCACCCCAGUGGCCCCCGUCACCCUGCGACAGCGGCAUCAGUGAUGAUCCCCUCUCAGACCAUUUGGACAGUCCUCCUCCUUCCUCCAACCUGCUCUUGGACUCCUUCUUCAUCUCUCAGCAUCACCAUCUUCUUCCUGUUUCUCCUCCUCCUCUUCAGCCUCCUCCUCAGUCCCAACAACAGCAGCACUCGGGAUGGGCCUCUGGCUCAGCAGAGCAAGAUAUUUCCAUUGAUGUGGAGGCCUGGGAGUCCAGUCUGUCCUUGUACAGUUCAAUGGUUCCUCAGUGUGUGCCAACAGCAGGUCCGAGCCCUGAUGCCUCUUCAGUGUUCCAGCUCAGCGUGAAGGAUCUGCUCCUCUCUAAUUUAGGAGAACCUCCCAAGCAGCCCUCUCAGAACUUGCUGCAGGAACUCGUUCUUAAUGAUGAUGAGAAGAAACUUUUAGCCAAGGAAGGAGUGUCUCUACCCAGCCAGCUUCCCCUCACCAAGAAUGAAGAGAAGAUCCUGAAAAAGGUUCGCAGAAAGAUUCGGAACAAGCAGUCUGCACAGGAGAGCAGAAAGAAGAAGAAAGAGUACGUUGAUGGCCUUGAAGGGAGAAUGGCUGCCUGCAGUGCCCAGAAUAUGGAGUUGCAGAAAAAAGUGAUUCAGCUGGAGAAAACCAACAUGUCUCUAAUGGAGCAGUUACGAAGGCUGCACGCCCUGGUUAUGAACAGCUCUAACAAACCUGCUCAGACUGGCACGUGUAUUCUGGUGCUACUGCUGUCUUUCUCUCUCAUCCUUUUCCCAAGGUUCCAACCACUGUCCCACAGCAGGACCAGUGAUCCAGCUGACUUUAGCACAGCCAAAGUUCAGUCACGCUCACUGCGCUCUGUGGUAGAGGUCCAUAGUCUGCAGCCAGUCCCCUCCAUGGACAGUCACAUGGAGAAAGCCACCAACGUCAUUUCCAAGAUGCACAUCAGGCCUGAAUAUGCUGAUAUGGACCCCCUACACCACAACCGAAGUUAUGGAGAUCGGAAGCAUCACCAUGGUGACCCAAUCACUGGGCACAUGGCCAUGCUGGGUUGGCAUAAUUCACGGCCAUGUCAUCAGAAAGACAGGAAAUGAUGUCAUACGUCAACUGAAUGGACAAUCCAUUUGACAUUUUAAGUGUUGCUCAUAAAGGAGAAAAUUUGAGUCCUUGUUUUUGCAGAACUGGUUCAGAUGAAAGCAGCAUCAUGCUCAUUAACACUGAGAGUUAUCAGUGGUUUGAUAGUCUCAUUAUCCUUACAACAUUGACAUCUGACUUGUAUUGAUAUGAGUAUACAUGAAAUAUGAAAUUACAGUAGUAGUUUCCACAAGUCAAGUUCAGAUUUUGCUCACAGAGUGGUUCGGUCAGUAAUAAUUGUGGCAAAGUUGUUGUAUUGUUUUGCUUUUUCCUUCUGUACCUGUGUUAUUUCUGUCUGAAUCAGUUAACUGUCAAACAGAGGUUUCUGGCUCAUGUUGGCUCGAUGUCAAAACUGUGUCGCUCCAUGUACGAUAUUUAAGAUAACCAGCACAGGUGGAGUCAGUAAGACAGCAGUGCUCCGUGAGAACAAGGAUUAGGGGUAAAUCUUCAGCACAUUAAGUAGUAGAGAGCUUGUGUCAUAACUGAAUAAACAAGGAAUUAUAUCUUCCUUACAAAAAUGCUGAAUUUCAAUGUAAAUCAACAAAACAAACAAAAAAAAAACACCCCACAACAUAUCAGUAGAUGUCAAUAGAAAUAAAAAAGCAAAUACAAAACCAAAAAAAGGUAGACACAGCAGAUAACAAAAAAAAACCCUAUUAAGAAUAGUGAAACUAUAAAAGUUAUGUACAUACAACACAAACAAGGAACUAUAGGAUACAUACUUGCAUUUUGAGUUAAAAGACAAAAAUAUGUGCAGGGUGUUAUGUUGGGAUGAAACAUGCACAGAAGUAGAACAUUAAAGAAAAAUCAUAGAGGAUAAGUGCUGUAAAUAAACUGACAAAGACUGGA